GCGGCUAUUUAAAGAUGGUAGUUUGUGAAACAUUUGAGUGUUGGCACCGCCGAUUUCUUGCUUCGGUUGUCUAGUUCGCUUGAUCUCAAGUAUAAGCUAUUGCUAGUUGUUACUGGUUGCGUUCAUUACUGAUGUCCUUGAGUUCUCUUGAUGAUAGUCGUUGGUUGUCUGCAGAACUCCCAGAUGCAGAUAAAGCACAAUUUCAUGCACCUUCAUUUAUAUUAGAUCCUUUGGCUAAUGAACACUAUCAGUUGUUAUUGGGGAAACUAUCCGAAAUCAAACUAGUUGGUAAUAACGGUCCUUUUCGUCUCGGUCCUAGAUGGUUAUUAUUUGUGGAUGUUGUGGGAAUAGUGCGCACUAUUUAUGAACGCGAGAGAUUUUUUAUUGUUGAUUUGGACGAUGGGACUGGUUGUAUAACCUGUACAAUAUGGCGUCGUGACCAUUCAAGCAAUAUUCAAGUAUCAUCAACCAGAACAAAUGCAAUUGAUUUUGAACAGAAUAACUUGUGUGAUCAACUUAUCAAGUUAUCAUAUAAGUCACAACCUAUUUCAUCUUCAGCUAAACAGUCGUCUAAUUUAUAUGUUGGCCAAAUAUUACAACUUAGAGGUCGUUUGAAAUGUUUUCGUGGGAAGUUAAAGCUUAAUGCCUAUUUCUGUCGUUCAAUCAAGGAGGAAAGUGAAUUGUUACAUCAUAUAAUUCAUAGAUACCAUUUACAAGAAGAAAUUUACUCACAUCCUUAUGAUCCUGCAGUUGUUGCAGAAAAUAUAAAAAAAUCUCAUGUGGUUAACUUAGCAAAUUCACUUGUAACAGAAUGCUGUAGAAUCCUUGUACAGGAUAAUAUCCAAUUAUUUACCAAAUUAGAUUUAUGUUUACAUCCAAAAAUAGUUGAAUCUAUAACAAACAACUGGACAUCUUUAACUGUGGCAUAUGAUGAAACUGAAACAGACUAUCUUCGACAAAGUUUUAUUGAAGUAGAUGAAGAAGGAGAGCAGAAAAGCACAUCUGAAAGCAAAAUACUUAAUCCUAAGAAGUUACAACUUAUAGUCGCGAAUUUAAUUGAACGAUUAGUUAUUGAAGGUUGGAUUUUUCCAGCUACUCAAUCUAUUGGCGGAAUGCAAACUUAUCAUGUUGUUCAAGAGAAUCAGAAAUUACUCGAUGUUGUUUAUGGAAUAAUUUCUUCUGAAGCCAAUAAUAAAGAGAUAUCGUUUCAUAGUAUACUGCAUAGUAUUCGACAGAGGUCGUAUCCUGAUAAUUUACAAUUAACACGAAUAACCUCAAAUGCACUAAAACAUUUAUUGAAUCAAUUGGAAUCUGACAGUCGUAUAUAUCAAAGUAAUUUAGGUUGUUAUAGUGUUGCUUAAAUGUAAAAAAAAUACAUUGUUUGAACUGUACAGUAUUUUUUUUUAAAUAGUAUUUUUGCUAUCAUGAUUGUACUAAUUAUUCACUUGUUUAUUGGCGUUUGUGAUAAUGUACAGAUUACAUAUGGCAUUAUUUUCUGUUUAACUGUUUUUCAUCAUUAUUAUUGGU